CUACAGUCGACACUGUAUCUUGGAUAUUCUCUAGCAUAUCGUCUACACACACAAAAUGUUGAAGAUAUGGUCUAUGAAACAACAACAGCAAAAGGCCGAGAACGCCGAGGGGGGCAAGAAGAAGAAGAAGGUGACGGCGGCACAGCUUAGAGUGCAGAGAGAUCUCCAAGAACUGGCCCUCGGGUCGACGAUGAAAACGACGUUCCCCAACCCGGACGACAUCCUCAACUUCACGCUGACGAUCGAGCCAGACGAGGGCAUGUACAAGGGCGGCACGUUCAGCUUCACCUUUACGAUCAACCAGAACUUCCCGCACGACCCGCCGAAAGUGAAAUGCUCGCAGAAGAUCUACCAUCCCAACAUCGACCUGGAGGGGAACGUGUGUCUGAAUAUCCUGCGGGAAGACUGGAAGCCUGUUUUGAAUCUGAACGCGGUGAUUGUGGGGUUACAGUUCCUCUUCCUUGAACCCAACGCGUCAGACCCCCUUAACAAAGAGGCAGCCGAGGAUCUCCGACUGAACCGCGAGGCGUUCAAGCGGAAUGUCCGGACGGCCAUGGGCGGGGGGGCAGUCAAGGGGAUUACCUAUGAGAGGGUGAUAUGAAGUCUAGCAUGAUUAUGAUAUAGAUUACGAUUGUACGAUUGCUAUGAUGAGUCUACGUGUAGU